AGUUAUAUUUCAAAGACGGGACUGAGGUUGACUCGGUUGGAAGGCGUUAGAUCUGCCAACUCGACUUGCCGGAGGUUGUGGGUUCGUUUCUCACUGGGAGCGUCGGGUGUUGUGUGCGUGAAAACAUUGUUAUCGCUAAAUUUUCCUCGGCGGAUGAGCCCAAUUUAGCGUUUAAUUAAAAAACAAAUUCAAAGACUGGCCAAAAAAUCCUAGCAGAUUGACCAACAAAAGAACGAAGAAUACAGGUUAAUUACAUUUUGACAAGAGAGCUUGCAGCUGGUUUAUAUAUCAUCUGUAUAUCAAAACAAUGAAAAUAUAGCCAACAAAAUUGGAAUGGAUUUUGAUGAAAAUGGAUUCGCUUCAAAAAAUAAAGCACGAAACAAUUAACAUUCAAUUAUAAACAUGUUUGUAAAGGAUCCUUGUGGAAUUGUUUGUAUUAUUGUCACUUAUGUUGCAGUAUUUUAUGCAGAUUAUGUCGUGGUCAAAUGGAUUAUUUUACAAACUAUGAUAGAUAGUUUAUGGGGAACCUUUAACGUUGUUUUUUUUAAUACAAUAUUGUUCUUCCUUUUAAUUGCCCAUAUCAAAGCGGUGAUAACCGAUCCAGGUAUAAUUCCACUUCCACAGAAUAGACUAGAUUUUUCGGAUAUGCAUUCUCCAGACUCAGGUUGUGAUUUUGUUAAUUGGACCAUAUGUGCACGUUGUGAAACUUAUAGACCUCCUAGAGCCCAUCACUGUAGAAUUUGUCAAAGAUGUAUUCGGAAGAUGGAUCACCAUUGUCCAUGGAUCAAUAACUGUGUAGGUGAAAGAAAUCAAAAAUAUUUCAUACAAUUUCUUGUAUAUGUUGGUGCUUUAUCAGUGUAUGCUGUAACCCUAGUUGUAAUAUCAUAUAUUAAAGAAUGCCCUGAUUGUAUACAAGAUGUUCCUCUCAAGCAGGCCAGAAUAAUGCACUGUGUAAUUUUACUACUAGAGAGUGCACUAUUUGGUAUGUUUGUGGUUGCAAUUCUAGUGGAUCAAAUGCAAGCAAUUUUGCAGGAUGAAACUGCAGUUGAGCAAGUCAUGCAUCAGGGACCUUAUCGGCCUCAUAAACCAAAGAUGGCGCUGUUGAGCGAGGUUUGUGGUAGGGAGCAUCCAUUAUUUUGGCUGUUGCCCUGCUCGUCAGUGCCAAGAAAAACAGAAUCGCCACUCAUUAGUCAUCAAGUUUAAAUCGCUUUCCAUUUUUUUUCUCAAUGGAGACUAUAAACGUGCGCAAAAGUUUUUAGAAGAUUUUAGGCCUAAAUAAAUAUUCUUAUAUUUUUAAAAAUACAUUCUAGCUUGUUAUUGAAAAUGUAGAGGAGAUAAUUAUGGAAUUUUGAAACGGGUGCUUGCAAAUGUACAAAUUCAUAGACAGGCUCUAAUUUUCAAGCGGGACAACAAGAAUUGUUUUUACUUAUUCUGAGCAAUGAAUGCGCCACUUAGAAAUUGAGAAGGUGAAAAUUAUAUUUUCCCAAAUUCUAUUUAUUUUUGGGGUUUAGAUAGAUAAGACUCAAGGGCUGAUAUGUAAUUUCUCUUGCCAUGUUAUUCGCAAUAAAAAUAGGUAAUUAUUUUAAUUGCAACAGUAUUAUUUGUUGUUAUCUUAUUAAUAGUUAUAGAUGUUGCUUGGUUUAUUCCUAGCCGUGAAAAUUUGGCAAGCUCCUCCUCUCGGGCUAACUUUAAUUCCACAGGCGACAUCCUUAGUUUUUAUAACUAUUAAAUCAUCACAUUCGAUUUGUUUAUUAUUUUGUAUUACGCAAAUCAGAUUUUUAUUUCGUUGAUUUUUUUUUUAAUUAAACAAUAACGUACA